CGACCAAAUUCACCUCGACCCCCUUUUUCCACACCAGAGGUGCCCCGGAUCGCGACGUGCGACCGGGCCCAACGUCCGUGAAUAAAACCGCCCUGUAUUAUUUGUGCUCAGUGACGCCCGUUUCGGCGAACCGCGUCGGCAUUGCAGGGACUACAUGUUGAAGCGCGGAAGGGAAAAAAACCGAGCCGGAUCUACUUGCUCUCACCCUGCCUGUGUGUUGGCUGAAUGGAGGAGCGACUCUUCCUGGUGAAUAAACAGUGACAGCUAUAGGGCAGACACUAAUACCCGUUUCACAGCACGGGCAGACACCUUAUCCUUUACAAUAAAACAGCUCAAAAAUGGCUUCUGACAGUAAACACGUCGCGCAGUUGACAUCUGAGCUGUACUUCCUAAUUGCCCGGUUUUUGGAAGCUGGACCUUGUCAAAACGCGGCUCAGACCCUGAUAAAAGAAGUGCAGGAGAAAGAGUUGCUGCCGAAAAGAACCGACUGGACGGGACAACAACACCCCGGGACUUACGAAAAUUUGGUGAAGCUGUAUGGCCACAUCUCUCCUGACCACCUGCUCCGGAUCUGCGAGGUGGUGGGGCCGCUGCUGGAGAAGGAGGUUCCAGCCAGCGUGCCGGGGGUGCAGUCUCUGCUGGGCACUGGCCGCCAGUCGCUGCUGCGCACCAACAAAAGUUGCAAACAUGUGGUCUGGAAGGGCUCCGCCUUGGCCGCCCUGCACUGUGGGAGGCCCCCUGAGCCGCCUGUCAUCUACGGAAGGCCCCCUAACAUAGUGGAGACGUCCUAUGGGAGGCAGCUCAACGGGAAGUACAGACUGGGCCAGCUGGUUCCCACGGCCAUUUACCAGCACAUGAAGAUGCACAAGCGGAUCCUGGGUCACCUGUCCUCUGUGUACUGUGUCACCUUUGACCGCACCGGCCGUAGGAUCUUCACGGGUUCCGACGACUGUCUGGUGAAGAUCUGGGCGACUGACGAUGGUCGGCUGCUAAACACGCUGCGCGGUCACGCUGCCGAGAUCUCUGAUAUGGCCGUCAACUACGAGAACACCAUGAUCGCCUCGGGCAGCUGCGAUAAAAUGAUCCGCGUUUGGUGCCUGCAAACCUGCGCGCCUUUGGCUGUGCUGGAUGGCCAUGGCGCUUCCAUUACCUCCUUACAGUUCUCCCCGCUGUGCAAUGGAGCCAGGAGGUACCUCUCCUCCACUGGGGCUGAUGGGUCUAUUUGCUUCUGGCAGUGGGACGCCAGGACGCUAAAGUUCAGGUCAGUGGCACUCCCGUUAUUCACAGAUGGAUGUUGGUGUGACAAUGCCUCCCUGGAGCUAAAUGUGGAGAAGACCAAGGACAUGGUGGUGACCUUCUGUAGUAAACAGAGGGAGCUGUCGACAGGAUCUAUCAGCAUAAUCCACGGGCAGACAGUGGAGGUGGUGGAGGAGUACAAAUAUCUGGGCACUAUCUUCGACUGCACCCUGAAGUUUGCCCCCAACACCGAGGACAUUCUAAGGAGAUGUCAGCAGGGGCAAUAUCUCCUCAGGAAGCUCAACAGCUUUGGGGUCAACAAGAAGAUUAACAGGCUCUUCGUUGACUUUCAUCGUCGUCCUGUAGGUGGAAUGUUCUUGGCAACAGGGAGCACAGAUCAUGUCAUUCGAGUCUAUUUCUUCGGUUCCGGGCAACCGGAGAAGAUAUCAGAGUUGGAAUCGCAUACUGAUAAAGUGGACAGUAUACAAUUCUCCAACUGCAGCGACCGGUUUGUCAGCGGCAGCCGAGAUGGUACAGCGCGAAUCUGGCAGCUACACCAGCAGGAGUGGAGGAGUAUCCUGCUGGACAUGGCUAGCAAGCUCCCAGGGAGCAACCCCCCACCUCUGGAAGACAAAGUAACCAAGCUGAAAGUUACGAUGGUGGCUUGGGAUCGCCAUGACAACACGGUCAUCACCGCAGCGAACAACCUCACGCUGAAGGUCUGGAACUCCUACACGGGGAACCUCAUCCACAUCCUCACGGGGCACGAGGAUGAGGUGUUUGUGCUGGAGCCGCAUCCCUUUGACCCUAGGGUGCUGUUCUCCGCGGGGCAUGACGGCAAUGCCAUCGUCUGGGAUCUGGCCAGAGGAGUGAAAAUCCGCUCAUACUUCAACAUGAUCGAGGGACAGGGCCACGGCGCCGUGUUCGACUGCAAGUGCUCACCGGACGGCCAGCAUUUCGCCUGCACCGACUCCCACGGACACCUGCUCAUUUUUGGCUUCGGCUCCAGCAGCAAGUACGAUAAGAUUGCAGAUCAGAUGUUCUUCCACACUGACUACAGGCCGUUGAUCCGCGACGCCAACAACUACGUGCUGGAUGAGCAGACCCAGCAGGCCCCACACCUCAUGCCCCCCCCUUUCCUGGUGGACGUGGAUGGGAACCCCCACCCUUCCCGCUUCCAGAGGCUGGUGCCCGGCCGGGAGAACUGCCGGGAGGAGCAACUCAUUCCCCAGAUGGGGGUCACAUCCUCGGGUCUGAACCAGGUCCUGAGCCAGCAGGCAGGUGAUGGCUCCAGCCCACUGGACAACAUGAUCCAACGGCUACAGCAGGAGCAGGACCAGCGGCUGUCUGGGGAUGGGGGAGGCAGCGCCCCCAGUAGGGCUACCAGAGGCUCUGUGAGCUCUCCCACAGAGGUGCAUUCCCCACCCAACGUGGGCUUGCGACGCAGCGGGCAGAUAGAAGGCGUGCGGCAGAUGCAUAGCAACGCCCCUCGGAGCGAGAUCGCCACAGAGAGGGACCUGGUGGCAUGGAGUCGCCGCGUGCUGGUGCCCGAGCUGGCCGCUGGCAUCGCCAGUAAGCAGGAGGUGUGGAGGGCGGCCAAGGGCGACGAGGAGAUCAGCAGCUAUCGUAGCGAGCGGCGGCGGAGAUCUCUGGCGAGCCACCUUCACCGCGAGCCCAAGACCUUCUCCCCACGCUGCCCCCCCGAGCCAGCGAACGACGAGAACCGCCGCCCGCUGGCCAACCAGCACAACUACCACACUCGAGCCGCCGUGGAGGAGAACAGCCGGCAGAGCGAGCAGGCCGAGGAUGACAACAGCUCCUCCGAGGGUGAAGGAGAGGCGCGGCCCCCAAGCAGGGAGAGCUCAGACGAGGAGAAGGAAGAGAAUGAGCCCUGGCCGGACGACAACAGCAGCUCCAGUGACUACUCCAGCGACUACUCCGACUGGACGGCCGACGCCGGCAUCAACCUGGAGCCGCCGAAGAAGACGGUGCGGCACAAGAAGAAGACCGCGAGCAGCUCGGAGGAGGACGGCGAGAAGAAGAAGGAUAACAAGAAGGACCGAAAGAAAGAGAAGCAGGAGAAGGAUGGCAUGCUACCAAAGAAAAAGAAGCCAAAAAAAAAGAGGAUGAAGGCAAGGGCUGCCGGGUGGGGGGGGGUUACCACACCUGGGAAGGGGGUUUACUACUUCCGUCAAGGACACGAGGCCUACGUAGAAAUGGCAAAGAAGAACAAGAUCUUCAGCAUAAACCCCAAGAAGCAGCCUUGGCACAAGAUGGAGCUCAGGGAGCAAGAGUUGAUGAAGAUCGUAGGCCUCAAGUACGAAGUAGGCCUUCCCACGCUGUGCUGCCUGAAGCUGGCCUUCCUGGACCCCGAUACCGGCCGGCUCACCGGGGGCUCCUUCUCCAUGAAGUACCACGACAUGCCUGACGUCAUUGACUUCUUGGUUCUCCGGCAGCAGUUUGAUGAUGCCAGGCACAGACAGUGGAGAAUAGGUGACCGGUUUCGCUCGGUCAUUGAUGACGCCUGGUGGUUCGGCACCAUAGAGAGCCAGGAGCCCUUCCAGUCUCAGUACCCCGACAGUCUGUUCCAGUGUUACAACGUGUGCUGGGACAAUGGCGACACGGAGAAGAUGAGCCCAUGGGACAUGGAGGUCAUCCCCAAUGAUGCUGUGUUUCCGGACGAGCUGGGCCAGAGCGUGCCCCUGACGGAAGAGGAGCAUCGGCAGCUGCUUUACGUGCCACUGGAGGGCGAGUGGGGGUCCCGCACACGCAAUGAGGAGUGCGAGCGCAUCAUCGCCGGCAUAGACCGCCUCUGCACGCUAGACAUCGCCGCCCCAUUCGCGUCCCCCGUGGAUCUGCAGGCAUAUCCCACUUACUGCACCGUAGUGGCCUAUCCGACGGACCUCAGCACCAUCAAGGAGAGGCUAAAGAACCGCUUCUACAGGCGGAUGUCGUCGCUGAUGUGGGAGGUCCGCUACAUAGAGCACAACGCACAAACCUUCAACGAGCCAGGAACAACCAUCGUCAAAACAGCCAAAUUCUUUUCAGAUUUAAUGCUGCAGUUCAUAAAGGACCAAAGUUGCACCGAUAUUAUUCCUCUGUACAACAGUAUGAAGAAAAAGACUUUCUCUGACACCGAAGAGGAGGAGGAAGAGGAAGAGGACACCGACGCUCCCGGGACGUCCACACGCAAGAAGAAGGAGCACAAGCCGAUCCUGAGGAAGCUCAGGAACAAGGCGCAGUCGUACGACAUAAAGGCCUGGAGGAGCCGCUGCAAGGAGCUGCUGGACCUCAUCUUCCAGUGCGAGGACUCCGAGCCCUUCCGUGAGCCGGUGGACCUGCAGCUAUACCCGGACUACACGGACAUCAUCGACACGCCAAUGGAUUUUGGCACGGUACUGAAGACGCUACUGGCUGGAGAUUAUGAAUCCCCCAUUGACUUGCGCAAAGAUGUGCGGCUCAUAUUCAGCAACUCGAAGGCGUACACGCCCAGCAAGAAGUCUCGGAUAUAUAGCAUGAGCCUGCGACUCUCGGCGCUCUUUGAGGAGCACGUGUCGUCCAUCGUCUCCGAAUACCGCUCCGCCCACCGCUUCCAUUCGGCCAAUAAGCUAACCAGGCAGCGGCUGAAGCGUCGCCGGAGCUCCUCCCCCUCCAGCAGUGCCGCCUCCAGCCCCGAUCGCAAGCGCCGUGCAGCCCGGGCCCCGCAGUCAACAGCACCCAGCGUGUCCCCCCCCUCGCUGGGCCCCUCUCGUCCUCCGGCGCUCAGACAGAUCCCGUCCCAGAUGAACGGGAAGGUGGAGCCCCUGGCAGCUGUUCGCACGCGUAGCGCCACGCGUCAUGGGAACCCUACGGCUGCUGACCCAGCAUCAUCAUCAUCAUCAUCAUCAUCAUCAGCCAAUCGAGAGCUCUCUGGCAAAAGCAAAGCUGUGACAGAGACGCCAUACAAGUAUCUGAGAGCCCAGAACUCCAUCUCCUCCCCAGGUCUCUCCAGCGACACAGAAAAUGCCCGGGGCUUCUCACAGACCGCCGACAGUGCCACGAACUCAGUGCGGCGAAAACUGAGGCCUGCAACACUCCGUCGCCCAGUGACCCCCCAGCAGAGUCUUAGCACCCCCAACAGCGUCCAGCUUAAUGGCCAUAGCAGUCACCUGACGCUGGACAUAGGGCGGCGAGGGCACAGGCCCAAGUUGGAGACACCGAUGAAACAAGAGGUCGUCGUCAAGCCGCCGGGAAAGAAGCGAGGGCGCAAGAGCAAGAAGGAGCUGGAGGCGCUGCGGGGAGCAGGGCAGUGGAACAGCACGGAGACCGAGGAGGAGGAACAGUCUGCCAGUGAUGAGGCUGUGAAUGUUACCUCCGCCACAGUGGUUGGGAUUGUGGAUGCGGGCCGGCCGCGGAGGGGAAGAAAGCCCAAGAGUUUGAAGCCACCGGACGAGUCUCCGGUCAGCCAAGACCCCUCCAGCCCCAGGGUCCUGCGGAGGAGCAGCAGGAGGCAGAAUGAGGAGCUUCCGGCACCAGCAGCCCUGCAGGAGGACAUAGGAGGGGCGUCGGAGCGUGUGGAGCCGGAGGUGGAUGAGCAGGGCGAGGACGAUGAGGGCGUCAAGGCGCCGAUGAAGACGCGGAACCAGGGCCGCAGGACGGCUUUCUACAACGAAGAUGACUCCGAGGAGGAGCAGAGGCAGCUGCUCUUUGAGGACGCCUCCAUCACUUUCGGCACCUCAAGCAAAGGCAGGGUGCGGAAGCUGACUGAGAAGGCCAAAGCCAACCUGAUUGGCUGGUGAGAAAGGGAUGUAACUGAUGGACAAGGCAGAGCCCAACCUGAUUGGUUGGUGAGAGGACAUAACAGACGGAGGAGUCCAGGUCCAACUUGAUUGGCUGGUUGACUUUCUCCGUGAUGUCCUGGUGAGAGGCCCCCCCCCCAGGACAAUGCGAAACUUUGCUGCUAAAUGCUGUGCAUCCAGUGCUGAACCGGCGCAUGGGACCAAAACCAGGGCCCUUAGACGGCCACACUUUGAUAAUGUGUUUCCCUCACUCACGCUCACAUGCUACAGUUUUAGCCUUCACACGCAAUAGCCACAAUAUAAGGUCUGAUGGAAAUUUCAGACGUCAACGCUCCCCUUGAACGAGAUUAUGAUUUUGACCGACAUCAGUCCCAUGUCAUCAGUCGCGCGGCAUGAGGAUUAGGUAUCGGCCAGCAGGGGACUACAUGCCACGAACGGUGGGCAGGAAUAGCUUGGCCCGUUUAUGCCCAUUCAGUGUGGUCUGCAGAGAUCUGAAUGGGAGCUGCUGUUUCACUUUAUCCAGCCUGUGAAAUGGCUUUACUAAAGGUCUGGGAUUUCUCAAACAGAAUUGUCUUUUCUUUUUUUUUUUUGUCUCUAUAGCUCAGAUUGACUUGAAAAUGUUGCUCUGUGCUCAUCAGCCUUUUAUAAUCGUGUUUUUGUACGGUUUCUACUUGCGCAUCGUACCUUCUCGUGCUGCCGUGACUUCAGUCUGAGUGUGCUGAGCAAGGCCGCAUAGGGUGAAGGGAGAUUGAAGCCCCUCCGCCCCCCCCUGCCCCCCCACCGGUCUAGCUCCACCCUCAUUCUGUGAUUUUUCCAGUUUAACAGCCCUGUUAAAGGCAGUGCCAUAUCUCUUAGCAAACCUAACUAUUUAUCCUGUAUCUUGCUGCUCCAGGGGUUGGAAAUUGCCAGAACAUUGAAAGUUAUUUUUGAUUUUGGUAAUUUUUCUUUUUAUAUAUAUAUAAAUAUAAAUUUCCCCCAGUGAAUCAGAGGUAGAUGUGAUGACUCCAUCCCAGUUGUGAUCUCACUAUUUAUUUAUUUAUUUUCAUCCAAAGCAACCUGGCAUUCUCCUCUGACCAUUUCAUACAGCUGUAUACUUUACCUUGUUUUGCAGUGUACGUUUGGGGCCCUUCCAGGGACUAGAACUCACAGGCUUCUGGUUUCUUGAACCCUUAUCCACCAUCCCACCUGCAGCUUGGCCAUAUGGAGUAAAAAAUGUACAGUGACUUCGUACAAUACAUUAUUUAGAACUUAAAGCAAACAAAAACUUGAUAACAGCAUGGCUAGUGUUAGGGAAUUGUCUUUUACAUUUGUUUUCAAGUUUUUUUCCAUUAUAUAACACACUUAAGUCCUGAAUAUUAAGAGUAAAUACAGACUUUAGAUUUAGCAAUAAAUUGUGCCUUUAUAUGGUUUAACAUGAAUCAUUCAAUCUUAAACACAUUUUUAUUUAAACCAUUUCACUGGCAGGCUGCUAUAGUAUAGCUGAGAUUUUCCGAGGACCACGUGUAUAGAUUUUGCCUCCCCAUCCGCAGUAGCUGGCAGUUUUGAGCAGCCAGUAAACACGUUGGGUGACCAAGUGGACGCAGUUUGUGCGUGGAUCUGCCUCAGUUACUGCAGGCCUCUUUUAGUCAGAUCUUCCGAUGGGACGCUUGGUUCAUUAGCUUUUCGUAUUGAAGGAAUUGGCGGAACCCUGCUACCGAGAAAAUGAGUAUCAAGUGUCGCUGGUUUGUUCGAGCGCUUAGUCACCAAACGUCUUUUAAUAUCUAGUGAAAUGGAUCUGAAAACGCACAUUGCGGAUCCAGCCGUGUAGUUCGGGAGAAACGACCUGAUUCGGAUAUCCCAGCGAGGACGGUGGUCUAUAGACGCAUUUUCCCAAAGAAAGUUUUCCUUUUCUUUUCUUUGUAAACUAUAUGUGAAUGAAGAAAUCAGUGGUGGAGCUGAUCGGAAUGUCAGCGUUUCGGGGAGACAAAUAACUGCGACGCUAGUUUCAAUUUUAUCACGUAGGCUAAUUAAAACACUGUUUUAAAUGUUGUUUGGCUGCGGAAUUUCAUAUGAAUAUAGGCUACUAUUCACCCAUGCACAGAGAGCAUUACCUUGGGAAAAAAGAUGAAAGGAAAAUACGGAAUAAGUUGGGUGAGAGAUCCCGGUAUCCCGCAGCUUCUCCGGAUUGGUAUCUCGGGAUAAUGCGGUUUGGUUUUCCAGCAUUUUGGUACGUUUUAAAGAAGUAAAACAUGUAUAGGACGGUGGUCCCGCGACCAGCCGUUUGUGAUGGUACACGAAGCCGAAAGCAUGCGGAUGCGCCAGCUUUUACGACGUCAGCUUGGGGGAGCGGCGGUCCCCACUACACGGCAGCCCGCGGCGGCGAUGUCGUGCUGGUCACGAUGGACGGCCGGCGUAAUUGAAAUGGCAUCAUCAUAAUGGCACCAGGGUCGCCCCGCACCCGGCGUCUUUGUCAUACGGGGACCUUCGUGCCCGCAGAAAUUCGGCUUAUGCUCAUUGUCUGUUGGGACUGAAUGGGGGAAUCUCAAGGUAUUUUCUCCCUCUGUCCAAAAAAUAAAAAAAUGCUGAUUCCUUUGUCCUUGGCGAAUUUAAAUUCAUAUCAGGAAACGCAAGUCCAGGAAAUUUCCAUUGUAGUCCGCCCACGGCUUGAACUCAUUUUCCAGCGUGAUUUUUUCUUAUUUCUGCCGAAUGGAUCUGGGUAUUAAGUAACGUAGUGACAAAACAAAAGAGUAAUAAACAGUCGGUGUGGGACAGGGUGUCCUUAAACAAGAAAGUGAAAUUAAGAAGGAACAUCUCCAAGCUGGUGGCUAAGGAAAUACCAACCAAGGUGCCUGUUGGUGAUGGGGCUGAACACGGAUCUCAUGAGACACUAGACAUGUUCCAUUGUCAUCCCAUUUCUCAGCUGUUUAGCCUUCGGUUUUAUGUAAGUUUGGGAGUAUGACACAUUUGCCAAAGACUGACAUGGACCUGAAGUGUUUGUGUGCCUGGGGAGAGCCAUGGUGGUAUGUUGUAGUGUGGACCCAACCGGAGUGAUUGAAAAGGAUGGCUUGCACUUCAACGCCAUUGCAAAACCUUGGAUGACCUAAGUUUCUCUCUCUUUUUUUUUUUUUUUUUCCUUUUUUUUUUUAAAUAAUGAUUAAAAAGAGUUGUCCGGUGUAUUUCAGAUGUCCAUAGUAUAUACAUGUUGAUACUACGUAGCCAAGAUAUUAUAUAAAAUACCUAAGGUACAGCAAAUUAUUUGUUUGUGUAACUUUAAUAUGCACUUACAAUAUUUGGAGUUUAAUACAUUGUUUAUUUCUUAGGAAAAAUAUGUAGAUUCGGUUAACCUCCUAUAUUUUUUGUAAAAUCUUUUUAAAGUGUUUUUCCUCUUCGUUUGAUUGUGGCCACAUCUCCGUUAUGUGCAGCCAUGUUUCAUUGAGCAUUGCAUGAAUUUUAGCUGCACUUUUUCAGGCAUGUCUAAUGCUGACACAGGAGAAGCAUUCCCAGAAAAAUCCUGUUUGAUGAUUGUGCCUUGUAUACUUUGGGAUUUUUUUUUUUUUCCUCGCAUCUUUGCAACGCAGGAUGUGCUGGAGGUUAGGGGUGCGUUUCUGUAAAUGAUUUAAGGUGUUCGACGCCUCUGAGGCUGGGUUUGGACAUGUAUUGUUCAGACCAUGCGCACUGUGUGGUUCUGUACUUAACAGCAGCCUGUCUGCUUUUAGAGGUUUUUUGUUGUUGCCAAAAACAUUUUACUGAACACUGUAGUACAGUCCUGCUACCUUUAAAGGACCUUUCAUGAAUGUCUUAAUUUUUUUUUUUCCUUAUUUCAUUUAAGCAGGUUCAGUGAACCAAAUACAUGUUUGGUGAUACACUGGAAGCUUAACAUGGUACAAGUCACGAAACGGCGAUCUAUACUGUGUAGGAAAAUUGACGUGUAAAUACAAUGCUUGUUACAUGCUGUCGCUGUAGUGUUUUGUCAUAUCCUGUCAUUAUACGAGCAGGUAUACAGUAGAUAUAUUGGUGCAUUUAAUUGUGCUUAAAUGGUAUUUUUUUAAAACCAUUACUUAUGAUUUCUCCCUCUCCUUUUAAAACAGACAGACUGCCUGUUAAGGUAUUGUACAUGAUGUAUGUAACACGUUCCAAAAUCACAGAGAUGUGUUUGUCACUUAACUGUGGGGCGGGGGAGGGAUCAGCUAAAGAUUCCCAAAAGUGUGUGAAAACCGUGUUGUACCCCCCACCCGUAAAGGGGUUUCCCUGCUUCCAUCUCUCCCUAUGCCGAUUUCAUUUAAGUUUUUCUUACUGGCUGUUUGGAAGAUUUUGUCCUACUGUGGAGGGUUGGGGAGGGGGCUUUCUAUGUUAGUUUGUAUACUUUUUUAAGAAAAAAACCCAAAGGCAAAAAAAAAAAAACCUCACCUAGAAUGUAUGUGUAGAGUACUGCUGUCAUAUUAGUACAUAACUGAUAUUUUUAAGAAAUAAACAGUUGUGUUUCCAUG